UCUGGAACAUCUUGUGAAAUAUUUUAUUCCUCUGAGGCUGAGGAGAAAAGGAAGCAGUGCCACGUUGAGUUUGUGGUGCGUGAUGACUGUCACUUACACCGCCAGAGUGGCCAAUGCGCGCUUCUGCGGCUUCUCCAAACUGCUGCUGGCCUGGAAGGGAAGCAUCUAUAAGGUCCUGUACAAAGAGUUCCUGGCUUUCUUCGCCAUGUACACAGCAAUCAGCAUCACAUACAGAUUCUUCCUUGUGGACGAUCAGAAGAGAUACUUUGAAAAGCUUUCCAUUUACUGCAACAACUACGCCAGUCUCAUCCCAAUGUCCUUCGUAUUAGGGUUUUACGUGACAUUAAUAGUGAACCGCUGGUGGAAUCAGUACACCUCCAUCCCGCUGCCGGACAGGAUCAUGUGCACGCUCUCAGGGGGCGUUCAGGGCGGGGACGAGCACGGCAGGCUGCUACGCCGCACACUGAUGCGCUACGCCAGUCUGUCCGCGCUCCUGAUCCUGCGCUCCGUCAGCAGGGCCAUCUUCAAGAGAUUCCCCACCAUGGAUCACGUCGUUGAAGCAGGUUUUAUGACAAGAGAAGAGCGUAAGAAGUUUGAGAGUUUACACUCUCCCUAUAAUAAGUACUGGAUCCCAUGUGUGUGGUUCACUAACCUGGCCGCAGUCGCCCGCUGUGAGGGCAGAAUCAAAGAUGACAAUACUUAUAAACUUCUGUUGGAGGAGCUGAAUGAUUUCAGAGGGAAGUGCAGCAUGCUUUUUCACUAUGACAUGAUCAGCAUACCGCUGGUCUACACACAGGUUGUGACUUUGGCAGUGUACAGUUUCUUCCUGGUGUGUCUGAUUGGUCGUCAGUUUCUGGAUCCAGGUCAAGGUUAUCCGGGUCACGACCUUGACCUUUACGUCCCCAUCUUUACUCUUCUGCAAUUCUUUUUCUAUGCUGGCUGGUUGAAGGUGGCAGAGCAGCUUAUAAAUCCAUUUGGUGAGGAUGAUGAUGACUUUGAGACCAACUGGUUGAUUGAUAGAAACUUCCAGGUGUCUAUGAUGGCGGUGGAUGAGAUGUAUGGAGAUUUGCCCGUGAUGGAGAGAGAUCGUUACUGGAAUGAUUCGAAUCCUCGUCCGCCGUACACAGCCGCUACGCUCUUCGUGCUGCGCAAGCCCUCUUUCCAAGGCUCCACCUUCGACAUGGCAAUCCCCAAAGAGGACAUGCAUUUCCAGCCUCUGGAGGAGAUUGCUGAAAACCUGGAGGAAUCUGUGACACGGAAUCAGAACCUCGCCCUCUUUAACCGGCUCCUGGGCUCCGCCCCCUCUCCCACAGGCUUCGUGGGCGGAGCCUUACGGCGCACCUCCGCCCAGCUGCAGCGUUUGACGCGCUCCGUGAGCCCGGACCCGUCCUUCUCAGACACGGAGGAUGAGGAAGAGAAGAGCGUGGGGAGGAGCACGGGAACGGCCGGAUGCAUGCUGGACACCACCCAGAGCACCAUCUGCAGCUGUGGAGGACUCAUCAGCACCUGUCCUCCGCUGUCCGGUGUGGAGUUCCACACGCAAAGUGAGACAGAUGGAAGAGGUGAAGCGAAAGACGAGAAGCUGAUGGAAAAAGAGUCACAAGUGCCAAAAAUCCCACCACCCACAGCACAGACAUCUGCAGGGAGGACGAGUCCUCUUGCUCUGGGACGAGUCAAGUCUCAUUUUUGUACCUCAAACGCCACCAACCGCUCUAUACCUGACUUCUUCUCUUUUCAGCCUAUCAGUGACCCGGCAAAGGUCAUGACCCCAAAACCACAACCGACCAACAGCAAAGCAGAAGCGGUGUCUUUACUGACUGUCCCAUCGCUUGAAGUCUCCACAUUCCCACAGAAGUCAGAAAGAAAGCAGAUGCUGGCAGAUUCACAGUUGCUGCCCUCUAAUGCUCAAACUCAAUGUCAGUGUGUAGGUUUAGGGUCAGAGGUCACAGGGUCAGGAAGUAAGGUCAAACAGUGA